CAGCAACAACAACAAUGGCUCAAUAAUUUUUGUUUUUCACGCUCAGCGUUUUCCUUCAACGUUGAUCUCGGUGCCUUUCUCCCCCUCCGUCUUGUCUGGCCUUACCCUGCUCUUUUCAUCUCUCAAUUCAUUUACGAUGCAAGCUAUUCACGCAGCUUCAUCGUGUGUGUCUGGUUCCAAUCGGUGACAGCGAUGUUGCAAUCCUGUUGCAAUCCUGUCUGUCGUCAUUUCUUCCACUUCACUUCUCUGUUGAUCCAUCCGCUUUUUGAGCUCUUCUUUCGCUCAAUUCAAUGAUCUUUCUUCAAUCCCUUUUGACAUCAAGCAAUCUCUGAGUCGUUCCAAUCGCGACCAAGAUGUGAUUCAUUGACCCUUUUUUGGCUGCAUGUCGUCAUUUUGCCUUUCCAUCUUUUCGCUCUGAGCUCUCUUUCGCUCAAUUCUACCAUACUUUUACAUACUCUUACAUCAAUCCAUCUCUGUGUCGUUCCUUUCUCGACCCAAGACGUGAUCUCUUUUUUUUUUUGUUCUUGUUCUUCCUUGGCUUUUUUGGUUUUUGUUCGUUCAACAGCAAAACAAAUGUUGUCGCGAGCAAAGUAUCCUAAAAAUCUGAGAGAAAAACAAAAACAAAAAGAAUCAUCACGGCUGAACGAAAAUGCCGCCUACUACGACCACCGGUUUUGCAGCACCAGCAGCCAGCUCCACAAGCGAGGUUGGCUCGACCUUGUCCGAGUCCUCCGUUGCCGCUGGCGUUGGAUCUGAAGCUGCAACCGAUUUCCCGGCAAUGGAUUCCUUGCUGGACAACUUGCCCACUUUGUCCACUUUACCCACUGGCACUCCUACCAAUCCCAAUGAUCCCCGCAUCACGACCAUCACCGAGCAGCUGUCCGCCAGAGGCAUUGCGUUCAUGCUGCACCAUCAUGCUGCCUUGGAUACCGUCGAGGCGUGCAAGGCGUACCGCGACGCCACCGAUGCCACUGCCAAUCCCCACUUUGGCUACUGCAAGAAUCUGUUUGUGCGCGACAAGCGUGGCGCACGCUACCUCAUCGUGGCACACGAGGACACGACCGUUCACAUGCCGCACGCGCGGCGCGUUCUCAAUGCAGCCCGCUCCUUCUCGAUGACCACGCCCGCCGAGUUGCUCGAAUCUCUUGGCGUGCUGCCGGGCUGUGUCUCUCCCUUGGCCCUGCUGACAGACUUUGUCCGGCCAGCUGGCGAGCGGACUGUGAGCGGCGUUCUUCUGGAUCGCUCCUUGUUUGCCGAAAAGUAUUCGCACCUCUUUUUCCAUCCGCUCGUCAACACUGCGAGUAUCGGCCUCUCUCCCGCGUCCUUGUUGUCCUUUUUGCAAGAACUGGGAGUCCCAGUGCUGCUUGACGCGAUGAGCGAAGGUCAAGCUUGAUUGUGUGUUUUUUUUUUUUGUUUUUGAAGUUUCCAUGCUUUCCGCGCCUGUUCGUGUUUUUCUGCCUCAUUUCGUUGGCAGUGUAUGUGGCUUUGUUCUUCUCGAGGAUACAAUGAUCCUGCAUUUGUUCAA